AUGGCGGUCCAAGAUGCAUUGAAGUUUGAUUCUAACCAAUCAUACGACUUCUUUCUCGUUUUAAAUGAAUUAUCCGAAGUCGGCUUCGAAUAUGUCUCCAAGGGGUCAGAUAGACCCCUGCAUAUAUUGCGAGCUCAGAAUACAAGACGUUUGGGAGAUAAACUACCCCCGCCCUACCCUAAUGGAUGGUUCGCUCUCGUUGAGAGUCGGGACUUAAACAUCGGUUCUGUUAUACCCGUGGAUGCUUUAGGUCUUAAUUUCUGCGUAUACCGAGGUGAGGAUGGUGUCGCCAGAAUAGUCGAUGCCUAUUGUCCCCAUUUGGGUGCAAAUUUAGCUGUGGGUGGUACCGUCUGUGGUAAUUGCAUAGAGUGUCCUUUCCACCAGUGGAGAUUUGGGGAGAAUGGAGAUUGUGUGAGCAUACCUAACGUUGAGACAGUACCAAAAGGCAUAUCCAUAAAAACCCAUCAUGCCAUGGAAAUCGAUGGCGCUGUGUGGGUCUGGUAUGAUGUCGAAGGUCGGGAGCCAUUAUGGACAGUGGAUAAAAUUCCUGAAUUGGAUACGUGGGGAUACAGAGGAAGAAAUGAGUUCAUAGUUAACGCUCAUUUACAGGAAAUCCCUGAGAACGGUGCGGACGUGGCUCAUCUGAACGCGGUGCAUACAGUCUCAUUGCUGAGUGACGCUGGCUUCAAAUAUCCUUCCCUCAAUCAUUUUAUUGGCUACCAUACUUGGAAUGCUGAAUGGUUGAAAGGUGAUGACCACACCGCGUCAAUGAAAAUAGCUCACAAAUACCUCAUCAUGAAAUACGACGUCUUCCCGAUAGAUGUCACUGUUACACAGAUAGGUCCAGCGCACGUUCGUCUCAUGUUCAACUGUCCUUUGGGUCCCAUGGUGGUCCUUCAAUCAGUGACGCCUCUGGGGCCUCUCUUACAACGCGUGAUACACCGAGUGUAUACACCCACUAUGAACGCGCCCCUGGGGGCAGCACUAGUCAUUAUGGAGGCAUACCAGUUCCAAAGAGACGUCGCGAUAUGGAAUAGUAAGAGAUACGUUAACUCGCCUACUUACGUGAAAUCAGACAAAACCAUACGUACAUUCAGAACUUGGUUUUCACAAUUCUACAGCAAAAACAGUAUUACACUGAAAGAAGCUAUGCAAAAUCCAUUGGACUGGUAA